GCCACUAUUUCACACGAGCCUCUCUUUUACUUACUUCUCACUCUCAUCUGCCCAGUGUCUCAGACACUAAGGACCCAAUCUGCGAUUCGGGUUGAACCCAUUUCGAGCGCUUCAGCUUUAGCCAUUUUGCGACUGUGUUCUGUAAGGAGCAGAACAUGGCACAGAUUUUGGCUCCCUCUACACAAUGGCAGAUGAGAAUCACAAAAAGUUCUGCCAAUGCAAGCCCCAUUUCAUCAAAAACGUGGAGUUCUUUACUGUUUAAACAAAAUAAGAAAGGUGCACCUACCAGCUCUUCUAAAUUCAGAGUGUUGGCAAUCAAGUCUGAAAAUGGUACUGUCAACAGGCUAGAGAAUCUGCUUAAUUUGGACACCACUCCAUUCACUGAUAAGAUUAUUGCGGAGUACAUUUGGGUUGGGGGGACCGGAAUUGAUGUGCGCAGCAAAUCAAGGACUAUACCAAAGCCUGUUGAACAUCCCUCUGAGCUCCCUAAGUGGAAUUAUGAUGGAUCUAGCACUGGACAAGCACCUGGCGAAGACAGUGAAGUAAUCCUAUAUCCUCAGGCAAUUUUCAAAGAUCCUUUCCGUGGUGGUAACCAUAUUUUGGUAAUUUGCGAUACAUACACCCCAGCAGGCGAGCCUAUCCCCACAAACAAGCGGCACCGAGCUGCUCAAGUCUUUAGUGACCCAAAGGUCAUAGCUGAAGUUCCAUGGUUUGGAAUAGAACAAGAGUACACUUUACUUCAAACAAAUGUAAACUGGCCCUUGGGUUGGCCUGUGGGAGGCUAUCCGGGUCCUCAGGGUCCCUAUUAUUGCGCUGCUGGGGCAGAUAAAUCAUAUGGUCGUGAUAUAUCAGACGCUCAUUAUAAGGCUUGCAUAUAUGCUGGAAUCAACAUCAGUGGUACCAAUGGGGAGGUUAUGCCUGGGCAGUGGGAGUUUCAAGUUGGUCCUAGUGUAGGUAUUGAUGCUGGUGAUCAUAUUUGGUGCGCAAGGUACAUCCUUGAGAGGAUCACUGAACAAGCUGGUGUUGUUCUCUCGCUUGAUCCAAAACCAAUACAGGGUGACUGGAAUGGCGCAGGAUGCCACACCAAUUACAGUACCAAGAGUAUGCGGGAAGAUGGAGGCUACGAGGUGAUAAAGAAGGCAAUUUUGAACUUAUCACUGCGUCACAGGGAUCACAUUAGUGCAUAUGGAGAAGGAAACGAGAGAAGGUUGACAGGAAAGCAUGAGACAGCCGACAUUAACACGUUUUCUUGGGGAGUGGCUAAUCGGGGUUGCUCAAUUCGCGUGGGAAGAGACACAGAGGCGAAAGGCAAAGGUUACUUGGAGGACCGGCGUCCAGCUUCAAACAUGGAUCCAUAUGUUGUGACAUCGUUACUGGCAGAAACUACAUUAUUGUGGGAACCAACACUGGAGGCUGAAGCUCUUGCAGCUCAGAAGUUAGCAUUAAAGGUCUAAGUCCAUUGGUUGAUGAUUUGAGUGGACUCAGUUUAGCUGAGAUUGGUUUGUUAAGUGCUGGAAAGUUCGUCAUUGUCAAUUUAAAUUUGUGCAGAAGGCGAUUUUGUCUGGACAAUAGAUGGGAAUAAAGUUUGUCAUCUUUGUUAUGUGUUGUCAGAUGAAAUCCCCGCUGGACUGGAAUUCUGAUUGAUUAUAUAUUUAAAUAUGUUCCCAGUAAUGUUUGCAUUCUUGGAUUGAAUUCUAAGGUAUUAUUAAUUCGAGAUUUUGUA